AUGAACAACGAACAAUUCCGCCGGCUCAUACUGGACCAAAAUAAGCCCCAACAAACCAACAGCAACCCCUCCCCCAAGGAUGCAACCCGCACCGGAAACGCAACGCCCGCUUUGGGCUCCCGAAUGCGCUCCAGUAUCCCCAUGACGCCCCGCUCAGUAACAGGCCCCGAUUUCGCGCGCCAACUAGCCGAAUACCGACGCGACGGACAACCAGCAACGAAACGGUUCCGGUCGUCUGCUGCGCCGAAGGGGACAAAGCUGCCUGCUGGGUAUGAGGACCGGGCGGCGCGGUUGCGGGCGGAGGACGGUGAGGGGGGUAGCGAUGAUUUGGGGCAGAGGGUGAAGGCGUUAGAGGAGAUGGUGAAACUGGGGCAGAUUGAGAGGGAGACGUUUGAGAAGUUGUGUGGGGAGUUGGGGGUGGGUGGGAAUUUGAAGAGUACGCAUAUGGUUAAAGGGCUGGAUUGGGAGUUGUUGAGGCGCGUGAGAGCUGGGGAGGAUGUUGAGAAGAAAGAGGAGAAGGCUGAGGAGGCUGUGGGGGAUGUGGAUGAGGAGUUGGAGAGGUUGGUGGAAGGGGACACGGGGGAGUUGCCUUCGGCGCCGAGAGAGAAGGAGAAGAAGAAGGGGAAUAUGGCGCCGCCUCCUGGGCGGAAGUCGAGGGAUGAGAUCUUGAGGGAGUUGAGGGCUGCCAGAGCUGAAGCUGCAGCUGCUGCAGCGGAGCCGGCUUUAGGGUCGAAGUUCAAGCGGAUUGGGGAUUCGAAGGCGGAGAAGAAGCGGUGGGUUGAGCAGGAUGAGAAUGGGAGGCGGAAGGAGAUUCUGCAGAUUACGGAUGCUGAGGGUAAGGUGAAGCGCAAGGUGAGAUGGUUGGAUAAGCCUGGGGAGACGAAUGCGGCGGGUCUUUUGGCUCCUGAUAAGGAUGCGAAGCCGCUGGGCAUGGAGGUUCCGGCGGAGCUUGCGGCGAAGCCGGCUGCCCCGUCGGAGGAUGAGGAUGAUGAUAUCUUUGCGGGCGUUGGUGCGGAUUACAAUCCUCUGGGUGAUAUAGGGAGUGAUGAUUCGUCGGACUCAGAUGAGGAUGGUGAAGUCGCUAGGAAACCACCUCGCACUACCGAGGACACAGCUCCGAAGGAGACACAGAAGUCUUCUAGUGAAGCACCGGCCAAACCACGCAACUACUUCUCGACAUCUACGACCGAUGAGGCCGCUGAUGCUGACCGCUUGAAUCCUAUUACAAAAGAUCCUACUCUACUAGCUGCCCUCAAACGGGCCGCUGCCUUGCGACGAGCCUCGCCUUCCGCAGAGGAAGAUGCUGGGGAAGGAGAAGAAGACGUGGACUCGGAGACUCUUCUCCGGAGGAAGAAAUUCCUCGAAGAAGCCCGACGACGCGAGCAGCUGGACGCAAUGGACAUGGACCUUGGGUUCGGUAGUAGCCGUGUUGAGGAUGAUGAAGACGAGGAAGUGGUACUGGAAGAGCGUGGGGGUAAGAAGAGAAAACGUGGACCAAAGAAGAAGAAAGGGGAUAAGGACAGCGCUUCCGAUGUGAUGCGUGUGCUCGACGGCCGGAAGAAAGAUUGA